AUUCCUUACAAUUUUAUUUUUGUAUUUCUGGGCUUCAUGCCCUCUAGUUUUUACUUAAAAACAAAAUGAGAUUGAGGUUUUAGAAUUAUCCAAACAAACAAGGAAAUCAGAAUUUGAUUUACCAACUGAUGAGAAAAACAUGCCACAGUUGGAUUGAAGUUCUCCAAACAGAAACACUAUCCCCACUCUAUUUUUCUUUUCUUCUCCUUGGCUGAAGAGGAGUUACUUAUAUAUUCACAAUUCACAUCCUUACACCCAGAGACACAGUAGAAAGUCCUUAUACAAAUAUAAACAAAAUGGUUUUUCCAAAACUAGUUAUUACCAUUGUACUGAUAUUAGUCCUUUUCUUUUUCAUCUAUGAAUCUGAGGGUGCAUCUUAUUCUUCUGGUUCAUAUAAUGUUGGUCAUGGUGCUGACAUUAAUACACCAUAUGAUCAUCAGAAAGUUAAUCUAUCAGUUUACUAUGACAGUCUUUGCCAAUCUUGUGCAACUUUCAUUGUUAAGGAUCUGCUGAAUGUCUUCUACAACAAUCUCAUCAGCAUUGUCAAUCUUCAGCUAGUCCCUUGGGCCAAUGCUUAUGUCAAUAAUACCAACAAUUCCAUAUCAUGUCAGAAUGGGCCAGAUGAAUGUGAGCUAAAUUCACUGGAAUCAUGUGCCCUUAAUCUUUGGCAUAAAGUGGACAUACGUUAUUAUUUGAUUAACUGCUUUGAGUAUCUGGUAAUUGGGGGGAAAAGCAUGGAAUGGGUGAACUGUUUAAGCCAGUUGGGUUUGCCUAAGGAGCCUAUUAUGAAGUGCUUCAACAUGGGAAAUGGGGCACAGCUUGGAAAAACAUAUAUUAAUCAAACCGCACAACUUUACCCACCUCCUUCAUUUUUGCCAUGGGUGGUGGUGAACAAUCAACCUGUUGGAAAAGACUAUGCAAAUUUUGCACAUUAUGUUUGUAAGGCUUACAAAGGUGCUGCAGUUCCAGAGGUCUGCAAUCCUCCUUCGAAAUGAAUGCUAGUGAGAAAUAAUUUCAACUAUUCAAUAAUACCGAGUAUGUUAGUCCAGCAAAAGGGUGCAUAAAUAAAAUGGUACAUUUAUCAGAGUUAAUAAGAUUCCUUGUAGAUCUCUUCAAAAAAUAAGAAUGAAAACAAAGCAAAAUAAUCAGACGCUAUAUUUUUCCAUUAUUAAACUUGCAUUGUUAUAUGCAUGUGUAUUCCACAUGCAUUCUCACUCUAUUCCCCCUCCCACUCCCCAACUUGAACAAGUUAGAAAACAUGUUAAAUAGUUAAUUACUCGUACAAAUGUAGUUUGUAUUAUGAAACCUGCGAAUUCUGUUAAUUAUUGUUAAAUGCA